AUGGAGUUUGAUCCUUUGGAAGUCAUGGCGUUUAUGGUGGAUGGAAAUUUCCUUGAGAGAGCUUUGGCAUCGAAACAGAGGACUGGUUAUACUGCGGUGCUCUUUUAUGCUUCAUGGUGCCCAUUUUCAUGCAGUAUGUAUCCUACAUUUGGAAUGCUCAGCUUCAUGUUCCCUCAAGUAGAACAUUUGGCAAUUGAGCAAUCUUCAGCAUUGCCAAGGGUAUUGGCUUGCCUCAAAGCUUUCUGUGUUCUAUAUGUUCCCCAUUUUAACUUAGGAAUAUUUGGGGAGACAAGUCAAAUUAUGGGGCGUAUCCUCCACAUGGUUGAUGUUAGGAGGAUUUGGAACAAGCUGAGACUAUGCAAGACCCAAAACUUCCACAAGGGUGCAAAGAAUGCCAGGGUUUGGGCUUCUUCACUGACUUCUGUCUCACUGGGUGAAUCAUCAGCUAGAUCGUCAUCAUCAUCGUCAUCUUAA